AUGUGGCAAGGAGAAUAUAGCAGGCAGAAUGAAACAAUUCCAAUCAGCAAGGAUGUCGAAAAGACUGCCGGAAAAAACGAUACUGUUGAAACGAAAAGUCAUACCUCACUGAAAAGGUUUCAAGAGACUCUGGCGAAACUGAUCUCAGCCAGUCCUAUCGAAGAUCGAGGAGUUAUGCCGGUAUCGUUGGAAGAUCGAACAGCUACCAACUAUAGCAGCUACUUUUCGAUAUGGGCAUGCAUGAAUAUAAAUCUCUUACCUAUCACAUUUGGUAUGCUAGGUCCAACUUAUGGAUUAAGUUUAAGAGAUUGUUCUCUGGUUAUCCUCUUCUUCUGCAUCUUAACCGCUGCCAUACCGGCCUACCUUGGUACUCUCGGCCCUAAGACCGGAUUACGCCAGAUGAUACAGGCUCGCUUCUCCUUUGGAAGAUAUUUAGUUUCGGUACCGGUCAUCUUAAACUUGGCUACUCUCACAGGCUUCUGCGUCGUCACUUGCGUCAUUGGGGGUCAAUGCUUAUCUGCUGUAGCUGGCGGUUCUCUGACUCCUGCAGUUGGCAUUGUUAUCAUGGGUGUUAUGGCGUUGCUCAUUUCUUUUUGCGGAUACGACGUUUUACAUCAAUAUGAACGCUUCGCCUGGAUUCCGGCUUUGGUAGCUAUUAUCAUCACUACAGGUUGCGGAGGGUCGGGCCUCGGUCAGCAAGCACCAGCAGAGCCUGCGACAGCCGGUGGUGUCCUUAGCUUCGGGAUGAUCAUAGCGUCGUAUAUGAUACCGUAUGCUUGUCUCUCAUCUGAUUUUACGACAUAUUUAAAUCCAAAGUUCUCUUCCGUGAGACUCUUCUUAUACGGUUAUGCAGGUCUCAUAUUCCCGUCGGUGUUACUGAUGAUUCUAGGUGCCUCUAUCGGCGGCGCUAUAAAUAGCAUUCCCGAGUGGGAAGCGGGAUACGAGUCGACGCAAGUUGGCGGCGUAUUAGCAGCUAUGCUGUCACGAGCUGGCGGCUUCGGGAAAUUCGUCGUAGUCGUACUUUCGCUAACUCUACUUGGGAACAUCGCCGCGACGAUGUACUCGAUUACUCUCAACUUCCAAAUAUUGAUUCCACAGCUUGUCGUGGUGCCGCGGUAUAUGUUUUCGAUCGUAGUCACGGCCAUCGUUAUACCGGUUAGUAUCAGAGCAGCGGUGGAAUUCUUCGCCAGCCUUGAGAACUUUGUCGCACUCAUCGGGUAUUGGUCUGCGGCAUUUGUGGCGGUGGUGAUUGUAGAACAUAAUGUUUUUAGGGGUGGUAAAUACGACACGUAUGAUCACGAUAGUUGGAACGUGGCGUCUCGCUUACCAUGGGGAAUCGCUGCUUUGGCGGCAAGUGCUCUAAGCUUUGCGUUGGUGAUCCCUAGCAUGUCGCAAGUGUGGUUUGAGGGACCAAUUGCGAAAAAGUCUGGCGAUAUUGGAUUCGAGAUGGCUUUUGCUGUAACAGCGAUUCUCUACCUCCCUCUCCGAUAUCUAGAGAAAAAGCUAAGCGGACGAUAG